AGAAAAUACAAUACUCUUCCUCCUCCUACUUCUUCUUUCUUCUUUCUUCCCCUCCAUAUGAGUAUGACCUUUAUUUUUCCUUCUUCUUCGUCUUCAAACUCCAAAGCCCACUAUUGAAUAUUGACUGAGAGGGUUCUCUCUCUCUCUGUCUCUCUUUCUUUCUUUCUUUCUUCCUCCUUCCUCCCAACAAAUUCUUUCCAGUUUAUACGCUUUUUACACUUUUGCUUCGAAAAAGUUCAAAAUUUUUUUCCAUAAACCCCGGAAAUUCUUUGAUUUUUUUCUUUUUUGUAAAACCCUUUAGUAAAAAUCCAUGCUUUAGCACAGCCCAUUACCCAUUUCAAGGCCAAGAGAAAAAAAAAUGCUUCCUUUAUUGCAGCUUUCCAUUUUUGUAAUCUCCAUUUUAGUUCUUCCUUCCCUUUCAGUACAGUCAAACUUUUCUUCCAUAUAUGAUGUGCUUAAAUCUCACGGACUGCCAAUGGGUUUGCUUCCAAAGGGUGUAAGCAACUUCAGUUUUGAUGACUCUGGUAAAUUUGAGGUGUUCCUGGAUCAAGCUUGCAAUGCCAAGUUCGAGAAUGAAUUGCACUAUGAAAGGAAUGUUUCGGGCACUCUUAGAUACGGGCAGAUCGGUGGGCUAUCUGGGAUUUCUGCCCAGGAUUUGUUCUUGUGGUUUCCUGUGAAGGAGAUUAGAGUCGAUAUACCCAGCUCUGGAUUGAUUUACUUCGAUGUUGGUGUUGUGUUUAAGCAAUUUUCUUUGUCCUCUUUUGAGACGCCGAGGGAUUGUACCGCGGUUCAGCUCACGGAUCAGAUUGAAGAUGGGAAGCAUAUGUUGGAGGCUGUCUCCAAGAGUCUCGAGGGCGAGCUUCAGUUUCAGCUAGAUCAGGGGAAUUUUGCACGGGCUGUUUUGUAGAUUUUCCUUGUGAAGAUUUCAAUUGCACUCUUGCUCAAUCAUGACACGGGUCUUCCACAAUUCAUUCUAUGCACAUGUCUGCCCGAAGUCUUGUUUAGCAGGUUUUAUCCUUCAUUCAGGUGUGCUUGCUUGCGGUUUCAUGUAUAGUGGUGAGUCUGCAAACUAGUCACGCCGGCUCCUGUAUUGGUGAAGGCAGUUUUGACUGAACUCUGAGAGGAAAAUUUGGUUGGUAGCAUGGAUACAUCAAUGGUUUAUAAAUUUUGAUAUACAUGAGACAGAGGAUAUGAAGAGAUACAGGAGCAUUACAUACUUGUUGGUGAUAGAUUUGCAGAGGUUUGUUUUCGAUGUUAAAAUUCAUUAUGAGAACUUAAAUAUGUUGUUACUCAAAUUUCAUUUUGUAGUUGAUGAGGUAUACAUAAUUUGAAGAAUAAAGUUUAUAUCAUUUUCAUUCUUAAGCAGGAUGUUCCAUUUGUUGUUGAACUUUUUUCACUUGCCGUGCUAAUAUUAAUCUAACUUGAAUGCUAUGUGCGCGACUCAAUCUUCUUGUUUUGGUUUAUUAUGGUGCUGCAACUUCAUCCGGUUAACAGUGUGAUACCGUUUCAGUGACAAUGCUCACCCCUAAUUUCAAUGUUCAGUCUUUUCGAAUUUUUGUCAUCUAUUGAUGUGUCAGAAGAUUAAGAGAAGUUUUUUGUUUACAGUUAGUUGAACAUGUGGAAUUUGUCUACUGAAAUUGUUUGUGUAUUUGAUAUUGUGCUCACAAUUAACCUGUUCUCAUCAUUUUAGAACCUUGUAGGCUUUAGUUGUCAUGUAGAAUUGUAUGAUGGAAUUUGAUGAAUCCUGUGCCGCAGUUACAAAGAAACCAUUUCUGUGUUCUGCUGACAAUGUUUCUUGUUUUAGCAUCCAAGGAAUUGACUACAUUGUUCAAUGAGAAUUUUAUAGUGCUAAAGUGAUCUAUCUAGCUAACCAUUAGUAUAUACGUCUUUCUCUGAAUAGAAAUAACUGACAUAACUCCAUUUUUCUUGUUUUGGGGAAGGUCUUGGUGCCAAUGUGAAAGUGCCUGAUUGGGUUUGAUUACAUUUUGAAGCACAGGGGACGGAUGCGUUAGAAUGCGAAUCUUAUAUUCCCUUUUCCCCUUUGCAUUUGCCCUUGGGGGUUCUUGAGCUUGUUGUAGUUCUAGGUUUUAACCCUUGAUAGUUUUAGACCUAAGGUUUCGAGCGCGCGCCCUAUGUCACUGACGGGGGAAAAGGUAAUUUAUCCCCCUGAUACGGUACUUCCACCGAAUCUUCCUUCUGAAUCAUUGCGCAACUAAGUCGAACUGCAAUGCUGAGGUUUACAAAGAGACGAGGAGAUGAAAGAAAGUACACCAGGAGAAAAACAGAUGUUACUGUUAGUUUUUUAUCUCCCAUGUUACCUAUUUCACAACAGCUGUUAAUUUGUUCCCUUGGUUGGCAUAUAAGGGAACUUGAAACCAUACAACAUGUGAAGACUAACUGAAAUCAGCAAUUGUUUUCAACCCUUUUGUUCCUGCAGCAUCUGAGGUACUCAGAACCAUGUUCUGCAUUAUUUUACUCUGAUCAUUAACUGGACUCAACUGGUUUGCUGUUUUGUUGUGCAAGUUCUUUGUCUGGAAUCCAAUCAAGAAAAUCUAUGAUGGGAUUAUUUUAUUAAAUAAUGGGCUCCAAUCCAACUAACUAAAAUUAUCUCAAGAGCUGGUACAGAAGGAAAAAAAGGACUCUCUGAAUGCUGCCAGCUGCAAGCAUUUCUGAGGCAAACUGGAAACAAAAAUGAUAUUAAUUGUUGAGAAAUUGGCUGGUUCCUUUUGUUCUUUUUAGCUUCUGACAAUGGGAAAAAGGGUUAGGUUAUGUUGAAAAGGAGGGAAAAUAUAAUCUACCAAGUUUGAACUUGAUAUCUACCAAAGUCAAUGUUGAUUUUCUUGAAAUAUGAUAUCACAUUUUAUAGAGCUGGCACAGGAUGUUACAUCAUCAUCCCACCAAGAGAAAAAGAAAUUCAAUAAAAAUCAUGGACUUUGUGAGAACUGAGUAAGGAUGGAGAUGAUGAGCACAUGGAGAUCUAGAAGGGUGGAUGAGAGUUGCAUAUGAUUAAAUUCCACUACCAAUUUACUACAAUUUCAUUUUCUGAGCUGGACCCAGUUUUCUUUGCAUUAUUCCUCCCUCUAAAGUCGUCAUCUUUCAGUCUUUCAAUCUUGAACCUUG